AUGUCUCCAAGAAGAUCAGUUCGAAUCAACGGCAAUAGAAACAUCCACGUGGAUGCAGCUCCAGCACCCGCAAGGGGCGAAGGCCGAGGUGAUGGUCGAUGCGGAGGCCGACGUGGAGGCCAAAGCGGUAGGGGAGGUAGACAAGGAGAAUCGGUAGCACCGGUAGAUGAAGUAGCACUCGAACAACAACAACCUCCCAAUGCUCAAGCUGAGAUACUCCGAGAAAACGCUCGUAUACGUGAGGAGCUAACUCAAGAAAUUUCAAGGCUACGAGCUCAGAAUGAGGAGUUACGCCGGAAUCAAAAUCCACCCGUUAGAAACCUAGCUCUUCAACCAGCUGCAAUGAAUCCAGAACCAAUACAACGUUUUGAACCUGUGUACGAGCGAUUCAGGAAACAACAACCACCAAUAUUCAAUGGGAGCUCGGACUCACUUGAAGCUGAGGAGUGGUUGCGCUCAGUGGAGUCCAUAUUGGAAUAUAUGGACCUCAAUGAUAGGGAAAGAGUAUCCUGUGCUGCCAGCCUACUUAAAAAGGAUGCACGGAUCUGGUGGGAAGUAGUAAGACAGAGUGGCAACAUAACAACUAUGACCUGGUUGGACUUUGUUGAUGUGUUCAACAGGAAGUACUACAGUGCCGCCAUACUGGCUGCAAAAGAAGAUGAGUUUAUGAAUCUGAGGCAGAACAAUCUCACUGUCACGGAGUAUGCUAGGCAAUUUGACCGUCUGGCAAAGUUUGCGCAAGAGAUCGUACCAACCGAGGCCCUUCGGGUCAAAAGGUUUUUGAAGGGGAUGAACCCCAUGAUAAAAAAAGAUGUGAAAAUCAUGGUGGGGACCAACACAGUUUAUGCUGAGGUGUUAGAGAAAGCUCUCGAAGAUGAGCUGCUCGAAAAUGAUAUAAAGAAGGAGAAUGCUGCUAAGUGGGAAGCCCGAAGAAACAAUGGAGGAAAUCAAGAGAAUAAGAGAAAACACGAGGGAAAUCACGGUAAUGAUCGUGAUAAAAAGGGGAAAGCAGUGGUCCAAAAUAACAACAAUGGGGUGAAAAGGUCCUAUGUAGAAUUCCCAAUUUCCCCCAAAUGCAAUAGAAAACAUCUUGGGGAGUGUAAGAUGAAGUCAGGGGUGUGCUACAAUUGUGGGCAGCCAGGCCAUCUGAAGAAAAAUUGCCCAAAGGGACAAAAGAAGGAGAACCAAGCCGCUCCCGCUCGAGUGUUUGCUCUCACCAGAGGAGAAGCGGCCACAAGCAACACUGUUGUCUCAGGUCAGGUUUCUAUUUACGGAUUGCCUUGUAAUGUUCUCUUUGAUUCUGGAGCUACUCAUUCUUAUAUAGCUACUAGAUUGAUUGAUAGUAUAGAUAAGCCAUGUGACCUACUUAGAUGUGGUAUUGUAACGGAAUUACCCUCGGGAGAAACCAUGUUAUCAAUAAGAAGAAUGCGAGAUGUACCUAUCAUAAUCGAAAGCAAAGAACUCAUGGGCGACCUAAUAGAGCUGGGAAUAAAGGAAUAUGAUGUUAUACUUGGGAUGGAUUGGCUAUCUAGUCACGGUGCGACAAUCAAUUGCCGAAAGAAACUGCUCGUUUUUGAAACAAAGGCUGGGGAUCAGUUUAUAUUCAAGGGCGACAAGCUAGCCCUUAGGACUCCAUUAAUCUCUUCCCUGAAAGCUAGUCAGCUAAUGAAGGCGGGAUGCAUGACAUUCUUGGCCAGCGUAGUGGAUCGAGCAAUAGAGACGCAACUAAAUGUGGAGAACGUGCACAUAGUCUGUGAAUUUCCAGAUGUCUUUCCAGAAGAUCUACCGGGACUACCUCCAGACAGAGAGGUGGAGUUCAUCAUCGAAUUAGCCCCAUGGACUAAUCCAAUUUCAAAGGCCCCAUACAGAAUGGCACCUAAUGAGCUAAAAGAGCUUAAAAUACAACUACAUGAGCUCUUAGACAAAGGGUUCAUUAGACCGAGUUACUCACCUUGGGGUGCGCCGGUACUCUUCGUCAAGAAGAAAGAUGGAAGUAUGAGGAUGUGCGUGGACUACCGUGAGCUCAACAAGGUGACCAUCAAGAAUAAGUACCCUCUGCCAAGGAUUGACGAUCUCUUUGAUCAAUUGCAAGGCUCGGCUGUGUUCUCAAAGAUAGAUUUAAGAUCUGGGUAUCACCAGCUGAAGGUCCGGAAGGAAGAUAUACCCAAGACAGCAUUCAGAACACGGUAUGGACACUAUGAGUUCUUAGUAAUGUCUUUCGGACUAACUAACGCCCCAGCAGCCUUCAUGGAUAUGAUGAAUAAGGUGUUCAAGGAAUACCUAGAUAAGUUUGUUGUUGUAUUCAUUGAUGACAUUCUUAUCUACUCCAAAACUGUGGAGGAACAUGAGGAACACCUGAGGAUGACUCUAAACCGACUUAAGGAGAACCAACUAUACGCCAAAUUCAAGAAAUGUGAAUUUUGGUUAGAGAAGGUGGCAUUCCUAGGCCAUAUAGUUUCCAAAGAUGGAAUCGAGGUGGAUCCUACAAAGAUCGAAGCGGUCAAGAGCUGGCCAACACCUAAGACUGCAAGUGAAGUAAGAAGCUUCUUGGGUCUAGCUGGUUACUAUAGACGCUUCGUUGAAGGAUUUUCCAAGAUCGCAACUCCUCUAACCAACUUGACUCGAAAGACGCAGAAGUUUGUCUGGUCAGAAAAGUGUGAGGAUAGUUUCCAAACACUUAAGGACAAACUAAUAACAGCCCCUGUAUUAUGUGUUCCCAAUAACAAGGAUAAGUUUGUGGUGUACUGCGACGCAUCAAAACAAGGGCUGGGAUGCAUGCUAAUGCAGAAUGACAAAGUAGUAGCAUAUGUCUCAAGACAACUUAAGGAGUAUGAACAGAGGUACCCAACACACGAUCUGGAGUUGGCAGCAGAACUCAACAUGAGGCAGAGGCGAUGGCUAGAGCUUGUUAAGGACUAUGAUUGUGAAAUCCACUACCAUCCGGGGAAGGCCAACGUAGUAGCAGACGCGCUAAGUAGACGCAGUUAUGCCAGCUUGGCAAUACUGGCACAAAUGGAAAUGCCACUACAACAAGAACUCCAAAGAAGUGGUAUAGAGAUCAUUACACAAAAGCUAGCUAACCUAACCAUUGUCUCGACGCUGCUACAAGAACUUAAAGAUGCACAGAUUGUUGAUGAGUUCUUACAGAAGAAAAGAGCAAGCAUGCCAGAGAAGGAGGCAGAGGAUUUCUCCGAAGGUACAGACAGCAUGCUAAGGUAUAAGGGAAGAGUGUGUGUAGCCAACGACAUAGAGCUUAAAAGAAAGAUCAUGAUGGAAGCACACACUACACCCUACUCAAUGCAUCCAGGGUCAACCAAAAUGUAA